AUGUCGAACGUCAUAAACCCCCCCUCAACAUCCGCGGCACCACCCAGCAGCGUCGCCGGCGCAGCCACCCGUAUCAAUCCAGAAAUUACAAACCAGCACCCUUCUCUAGUCCCCGAAGAUGCUCCAGCGCAGAUAUCGACUACUCAUAAACGCACACUUCCGAUAUUCAGUCUGGAGGGGAAGACAUGUGUCGUUACCGGUGGUGCUAGAGGCCUAGGUUACGUAAUGUCCCAAGCAUUCAUCGAAUCCGGCGCAAACGUCGCCAUAGUUGACCUCAACGGUCCCGAAGCCCAAAAGUCCGCCGAAACCCUCCACAAGAUCUACACAACCUCCAACCCCACCGCUCCACCUCCAAAAGUAACAGCCCACACCUGCGACGUCUCAGACCCACAAUCCGUCUCCUCCGCCUUCCAAAAAAUCUUAGAACUCCAUCCUUCGGGGAUAGACGUCCUAGUCACGAGUGCGGGGUUUACGGAAAACUUCAAGGCGGAGGAAUACCCUCAUGAUAGAAUGCAGAAGUUGUGGGGGGUUAAUGUCGAUGGGACUUAUAUCUGUGCGGUUGAGGUGGCGAAGGAGUGGAUUAAGAAUAAGAAACAGGGGGGCAGUAUUAUUAUGGUGGGAAGUAUGAGUGGGAGUGCGGUUAAUGUUCCGCAACCGCAGGCGCCGUAUAAUGCUAGUAAAGCGGCGGUGAGGCAGUUGGCCGCGAGUUUUGCGAUUGAGUGGGCGCCGCAUGGGAUUAGGGUUAAUUGUAUCAGUCCGGGUUAUAUGAUGACCGCGCUGACGCAGAAGAUUAUUGAUGAGCAACCGGAGUUAUACAAUAACUGGGUAUCGAGGAUUCCUGCGGGUAGAAUGGGCAAUCCGGUGGAUUUGAUGGGGGCAGUGGUGUAUUUGGCGAGCGAUGCCAGCAGCUAUACAACCGGCGCCGAUAUUAGAAUCGAUGGUGGAUAUACCGUGAUCUAA